AUGUCUGGCGGCACCUCUUAUAUUCCCACUCAAAGGGCCUUCAGCGGAACACCUCAUCACCUCACCACAAAAGAGAUGUCGACAUUGCGAUCUACCAACAGCAUGUCUCGUCUGAAUGCCGACAGGAACGACAGCACACUUGCCUCCUCACAUAUUGCACGGCCCUCCACCUCCACACGGAUGUAUCCCUCACCCUCACCCCGCGUAACGUCUCCAGGCAGACUUGGCGAUGGCACAAACCAGCAACACCACCACACCAGAACCCCAUCCUCCACAUCAAUAACGGGCCCCAGCAGCGGCAGUGGCCAAGCCUCGAUGAUUGCUAAACCCAUCGCCCGAACCCAAAAAUCUAGCGCCAUCAAACCACCUUCAAUAGUGACUAAGCCCAGCUCCGCUAACGGCCACAGCACAGCAGCAACAACAGUUGCACAAAAGACCUCUAAUUUCCCAUCCGUCGUACCAUCCUCAAACCAACACCCUGCACAAAUACCCCAAAAUGCAUCCUCUGCAACACUCUCCGUAACAUCGCCUGUGACCUCAAUAGGGGCCCCAGGGUCAGCCAACAUGGGCAAGGAAAUGCACAUGACGAACGCACCGACCGUCAUCGUACGUUGCCAAUGUCCUCCUCCACUCGAGUUCCCCGAGUAUGUCAAGCGGGAAAUGAAGCGCGAAGAAGAAGAGCAUCGUCAACGAGAAUGUGGCCUCUAUGCCAAGAUUAUUGAACUCCAAAUUGAAAAUGCCAACCUGAAGGGCGAGAAGGAGACGCUACAUCGGGUAGUCUCGCACAGGGACAAGAUGCUGCUGGAACUGCAAAUGCAACUUCAGGCCAUGGAAUUUGUAUGUCGCGAAAACGACAUCAAGGUCGAUAUCGACAUGUGUCCAGAUGAGGUGAUUGAGAACUGGUCCUUCAAAGAGUCAGAUGAGGUCUACCAGCGGAUACUGCUCACCACCCAGGAUUUGCUCCGCAACGGAUCCAAGUGCCUGGAGCAGAACACCGUCGUGGGAAGAUCAAGCAGAGAACACAUCCGAGCGACUCGUUCCUCGACCGGCUCUCCAAGCAAGGUCUCUUUGGACCAGGGAUCAAGAACCGUUGAACCUUUGCAGUUCAAGGAGACCUCUCGUCCUGGCACGCUCAAGUUGGACAUGCAAAGUCUGAUGCAGGCAGAGCAAGUGUUCGAUGGCAAUAGCGAUCGCUCGACAGUUAACCAUUCAAACCUUGCAGAGAUCAACGCGAGCGUUGAAAGGAACGGAAGGAGGGCCCUGGACUGUGGCGACGAUCGGUCUAAUCUUUUCCAUGAGAGCGCUGGAGGCUACCACAGCUCUGAGGAUGAUGACGGCGACGUUGAGGAUGACAGCGAUGAUGACGAGGGCCAGGAGUCAGAGUUCGAGCAGCUGGGUGAGGACAUGAUCAAGUACGUCGAACUCCAGUCGUCUGUGGGGCCUAGACGCGAAUCUCGAUCGGCAUCGCUUUCAAAGAUGAUGACCCCAGUCGGAACGCCCGAUAUGUCGACUGCUGUGCUGAUGAAGAACUUUUUGAAAAGCGGGGCAAGGCGGAGUGCAGGUACCACGCCGCUGUCUCAUCCUUUGCACCAUCAACCGCAACAGUCUUAUUCGCAUGGCGGCAAGCCAGCGGACCGAACCAGCAGCAUCUCCAGCAGCAGCCUGAUCGACGACUACUUUGCUGCGCAGCCCGCCAUGUCCAUCAGCAGCACUUCCGGUGGCAUCGGCCUUGGACUGACUGGCCUUGGCCGGUCGCCGGAACGAAUUUCGAUGGAGAGGUUCCGACCAAGCGCGCCCACGCGUCCACUCCCGCUCACCCCAUCAUCCUCGCCUUCGCUCGGUUAUCGUCAUUCCUUUACUCGUGAACAUUGCGGAUUGCCCACCUCCGAUGGUGCCGUUGCCCCCGCUGCCAACAUACCCACGGUAUUCUUAUCGAGACCACAUGAAGCAGAAGCUGCUGGAGGUGUCGAAGCCGACGCAUGGCCGGACGAACAGCCAUGGGUUCGUGAUUGA